AUGAAAAAGUAGGGGGUAAAAGGGGGUUUUUAAGGGAAAAGAGAAAUUUAUUUGGGGACAAAGAAAAAACGAAAAAAUAAGUUUAUUUAGGGACUGAGGGAGCAUGUGAUUCCCAUCAUAGGCUUCUUUUGAACGACACCAGAAUUUUCCCAUGGAAUUGGAGGCAACGAUUUGAAUACUUGCUUGCAAGACUUGGGGAUAAGAGAACUCAGAAACAUAGUCAUGAUUCUUGGGAAAUAUAGAGGGCCUUACUGAAAGUAGGAUGCUCAAGGGUCGGCUAUCAUCCUCAACGUAACAUUAGAACGUGGAAAUGUCGCAGUAGAGUCGCUGGCCCACUCUUUAAAGCCUAACAAAUUGCUAUGUUAUAAAUGAGCAAUGAAAACGGUUGUGGACGGAGCUCAGAGAUAUUGUCAAAGUAAUUGGGUACAAAGAAAGGAUAUUUGUUUAGCACUGACGUUAAUAUUAAAAUUAAGAGCAAGAAUAUCACCACACACAUCAAAAUUUAUCACUUUUUGUAAGUAAAGGAUAAACUUUCCCACCACUUUGUUCUAUAACCUGAAAUGCUCAAAAUCCCUCUAAAAUGUUAUGACCUUCUACCACUUUGUUCUAUCUAUUAAUUUUGGUUUGUCCACUUUGAAAGAUCAUGGGAACCUUAAAAUUAGGUUGAUGGAACAUAAUUCUUGAAGCCUCAGGAUUCCUGAUCAAAUAUCACAUAAGGCUACCAUCGAAUAGCUUUUUCAAAAUGCUAACUGCUAUGCCAAAGUGGGCCUACAUCUCCCAUCCGUUACUCUUCCAUUUCAAUAAAUCCAAUCACUUCUCCACUCUCCAGUCCUUGCCGCCGCCGUCGUCUUCGUUUUCCUGGACCUUAACUCCACGCACCGUUGAACAUCCAGAUGCAUGUUUUAUGGUGCAUCUUCUUUACUUUCUCAUUGUGUUCUUGCUUUGGUUUUAAAAUAUGACGCUUAUUAGAUCCUUCAAUUCGAUAUUCUUGAUAACUCAUUGUAUACCUAUAUGUGAUGGUAGAUCAAAGGAUUUGUUUCCAAUUCAAGGCCCUAUUUUUAUCUUCAGUAUUAGCAUAUUAAUUUUCACUUUUUUGAUCUACUAUUUCAUUUUUCCAUUUAAUUGUUCUAUUUUUAAACCCACUGAGUAGCAGAUUUUUUAAAAAAAUUCCCUUCUUAUUCCAUGCCUUAGAUCUCUCGAUUGAUAUAUUAAACCACUUAUUUGUGAAAGCUUAAAUUUAUUUGAAACAAUGUUAGGCUUGUUAUUUGAUAGAACUGCAGGAUUACUUAUUCGAUAUAACUUCCCUUCUUUUAGUGUUGCUCCAAACACUGGUAUUUCCUCGUUUUGAUAGAUUGCAAGGAUGUGGUUCCCCUGAAAUUUUUUCCAUAAAAUUAAAAUUUUUUGGAAAAGCGGCUAAUAAACAAAAGUCUAAUGAAAAAUACCUCAUUGUCUUGAAAAAAUACACUCCCGAGCAUAAAUUUCUCCUUCCUGUAGGAUAUGAGAUCGUAGGAACGAAUUAAUCUUGAUUUUAGAUUGACACGAAAGGUAGAUGGUUUUAGUUCCAUCAACCUUGUCCAAAGGGCAGGCAUUUUUUGGAAAUUAUAAGGCUAAUUGUAAAAAAACAGUGGUGCAAAGGAAUUUAGGGUAAUAAAGUAAAGGUGGAAGGGUGUGUAGUGUGUAAGUGGGGAAGGGUAUUUAUACACCAUAGGAAUAUAUUGGGUUACAAUUGAAAGUCACCAAUUUCAAUGAAGAGAUGUUUUUUAAGUACUGUGAGCUGAAUGCUAUAAUAUAUGUCUGGUGGUCAGGUAGGAUCUGACUGUUUUGGAAUGUAUCACUUGUAAUGAAUAUGUGUAAUGUAUUAGAGGGACCAUGUUACUGGUAGGUUAUGUAAUUAAGUGAUUUCAUUCAAUCUUUGCAGUCACGGUAUAUUUCUCUCUCUGAGGCUGGAAUGGUUUUAAUAAAUAAGAGGCUGUGAUGAUCUUUUGUAUAUGUUUUGUCAAAUUUUGCAUACUAAAAUUAAGGGAAUAAGACGUAUCUUGGCGAGGCUUCGUAGGCAUCGAGAAGCAGCCAUGGCGUUUUAAUAUCCUUUUUGUUGUGAUAGUAUAUAAAUAUUUUAAAUUCUGAGCCUCUUUAUAGCCCAUGUACAGAUGGGCAGAUUUCUGGAAAAUACAAAUAGCUCUAAUUAGCUGAUUCAGUGAGAUUAAAGAUGUUGUGACAAAAUUGCUGUGUAUUUUUUCAAUGUUGAUCCCAAAGAUUUGAUGAAAUGAUUCGUAUCUUGGCGAGGCAACCCGGAGAUUUGACUCCGUGGUUGCAGCCAUGGCAAUCACAUCUCUUUGUGUAGCAAUGGAAAACAAUUUCUGAGCCUAAAGAAAAUUUCCACUUUUUG